UUCGGCGCUGAAAAGGAAGGAGCCACUAUUGCAGUGACACAACCGGAGCGGCACGAGCCAAGAGGAGCAGCUAAAACACCGUUUACUUGGUUACGUCGCUCCCGAGCAUCGUGACACAGCGCAGAGUUUUGCGACAUGGCCGAUAAAGAAGUGUAUGAUGAUGCAGUGGAGGAAAGGGUCAUCAAUGAAGAGUACAAGAUAUGGAAGAAAAACACACCUUUCCUCUACGACCUGGUGAUGACUCAUGCGCUGGAGUGGCCCAGCCUUACUGUCCAGUGGCUUCCAGAUGUCAACAGGCCGGAGGGGAAGGACUACGCCGUUCACAGGCUGGUUUUGGGGACCCAUACAUCAGAUGAGCAGAACCACCUCGUGAUUGCCAGCGUCCAGGUACCAAAUGAUGACGCCCAGUUUGAUGCCUCACACUACGACAGCGAAAAAGGAGAGUUUGGUGGAUUUGGUUCCGUCAGUGGUAAAAUUGAGAUCGAGAUAAAGAUCAACCACGAGGGAGAGGUGAACCGAGCUCGCUACAUGCCCCAGAAUCCCUGCAUCAUCGCCACCAAGACUCCCACCUCGGACGUGCUGGUCUUCGACUACAAUAAGCACCCGUCUAAGCCAGAUCCCAGUGGGGAGUGUAGUCCUGACUUAAGGCUGAAAGGCCACCAGAAAGAAGGGUACGGUCUCUCCUGGAAUCCAAACCUCAGCGGAAACCUACUCAGUGCCUCCGAUGACCACACCAUCUGUCUGUGGGACAUCGGUGCCGGCCCAAAGGAAGGGAAGAUUGUGGACGCCAAGACCAUCUUCACCGGACACACAGCAGUGGUGGAGGAUGUCUCCUGGCAUUUGCUCCAUGAAUCUCUGUUUGGCUCCGUGGCUGACGACCAGAAACUCAUGAUAUGGGACACUCGGUCCAACACCACAUCUAAAGCCAGCCACUCAGUUGACGCUCACACAGCGGAGGUCAACUGUCUGAGCUUCAACCCCUACAGCGAGUUCAUUCUCGCCACCGGUUCUGCCGAUAAGACUGUUGCACUGUGGGACCUGAGGAACCUCAAACUGAAGCUGCACUCCUUUGAGUCCCACAAAGAUGAAAUUUUCCAGGUACAAUGGUCUCCUCACAACGAGACGAUCCUGGCCUCCAGCGGCACAGACCGACGUCUCAACGUCUGGGAUCUCAGUAAAAUUGGGGAGGAGCAGUCUGCAGAGGAUGCAGAGGACGGUCCACCAGAGCUGCUGUUCAUCCACGGUGGCCACACAGCAAAGAUCUCUGACUUCUCCUGGAACCCAAAUGAACCCUGGGUGAUCUGCUCUGUGUCCGAGGACAACAUCAUGCAAGUCUGGCAAAUGGCGGAGAAUAUUUACAACGAUGAGGAGCCAGACAACACCCCUGCAUCAGAGCUGGAGGCUCAGGGAUCAUAACCCAGCUCUGCAUGACUCCAUCUCUCCAGGCACGACCCCCCUCCCUCUUCCCGUCGUCUCCCUCUCUGGCUUAUCGGGUGCAAAAUGAAGUCUGCUCUCCACAUGUGAGCGCUGUGGAUAGACGGCGUGGACUCCACCCCUCCGAACAGACAGUUGGAUUCAUCUCGCUCACACUUCGACAUGACCCAGGUACCCAAAAGCACUUGGAGUAGGAUAAGAGUUAAAAUGUUUUACCUGGGCUUUAGAGACUCUUUAGAGCCGAAAACUUUUAAGUGGACAAAUUUACUGUAAGUUAUAACAGGUAAUCAAAGGGCUCAAGCAAGGAAAACAAGUAAUUUUACAUUUGGACUCAUGAGUAAUGAGAAAACCACUAGCCUUUAGGCUUCUCUAAAGACAAAAAUAUCUAAGGAAACCCGAACAAUCAAAGCACUGAAAUGCUUUUGGAAAACAUGAUCCACAUUUGUCCAAACCGAUUGGCUAAAAUCUGACCGUGUUGAUCAUGUCCAGGGAGCGCUCUUUCAUACCUUGUUUUCUCACCUGUCGAGCUCUUGUGGCUUUGCUCCGUCAUAUCGUACUUAGCUGACACUUCCUGGCUGUCCUUUGAAAACAUUCCCGCUGUGUUUGCCUCCUGCUCAUAAGGUACAUAAACUGUUCAGUAUUUGGUUGAGAGAAAAAAAGGUGCACUUGAGGGAAACUCAUUUCUUUCUUCUUCCUCUCCUCUUUCUGUUGUUAAAUAAUGUGAAAUUGCCAUGUUUUGUUUCCCGCACCGCAAAUUGCAAUAAAACUUUUAUAACUUUUCAAA